GGCAACGGAGCGAGGGGAAGGCGGCGGGGUAAACCGGAACCGGAAAUGGCUGCGAGGUGGCUGCUGCUGCUGCUGCUGGCGCUCCUCGCCGCCCACGCCGCGGCUCUUCCUGAUUUCAUUAGGAUAGGUGGGCUGUUUCAUCCGUCGGACGACAAACAGGAAGUGGCCUUCCGCUAUGCCGCGGAGAAAAUCAACGCCAACCGGGACAUUCUGCCCAAGUCUCGGCUCAGUGCCCAGGUCGAGGUGAUACAGCCGCAGGAUAGCUUCCACGCGUCGAAACGAGUAUGCCACUUGCUGCGCGGCGGCGUGGCGGCGAUUUUUGGGCCGCAGAGCGCGCACACGGCGUCCCACGUGCAGAGCAUUUGCGACACCAUGGAAAUUCCGCACUUGGAGACACGCUGGGACUACCGAAUCAGACGGCAGAGCUGCCUCGUCAACCUCUAUCCACACCCGACCACUCUGUCCAAGGCGUACGUCGAUCUGGUGAAGGCCUGGGGGUGGAAGAGUUUCACCAUUAUCUACGAGAACAACGAGGGACUCGUGCGAUUGCAGGAACUUCUGAAAGCGCACGGACCCAGCGAAUUUCCCAUUACGGUCAGACAGCUGAGCGAGGGAUCGGAGUAUCGAUCCGAGACUCGCCCGUGGGUAUGUCGAGCGAUAACUCAAACGGUCUAUAUUGAAGUCCCGAAGUCGAUUCUAAGAUUCCGCAUGGCGAACUGCAAAAGGCCGCCGCCUCUCCGCUGCCGCCUCCGCCGCCUCCGGUUGUCCGAGGAUUAA